UUUUGCAAGUACAAUGGCGACGGAUAUCGCAGGCUCGGAUAUCGCAAGCUCGGUACACAACACCUGGCUACCUGAGACGGAAGAGGUGUACACCCGGCUGCUAGCCCGGGCAGAGAGAGAUGGCUGGGUGCAAAUCAGGAACACCCACACAGACCCCAAACCCUCCCGGUACCGGUAUAUGAUCGUCGUGACUGAGAAUGGGCCAGUGAUCCAUCAUGCCUUGUUCAUACAGAGGGCAGAAAAAAAGCUGAUGGGUGUGUGCCAGUUCAGUGAGGAUGCCCGGGGACCUCAAGUGUCGGCACACGGCGGUGCAACUGCUACAGUGCACGAUACUGUCACUGGAGCAUUGUCAUCCAGAGUACUAGGAACGGCUACUGCCACGGCUUCACUGACAGUAAACUACAAGAGACCCACUCCGUUGAGAUCCCCCAUACUCAUCGAGGCGCAUGUCGACAAAAUUGAAGGCAAAAAGAUUUUUCUGAAAUCAUACAUGAAAAGUCCAGAUGGCGGGACAGUCUACUCGGAUUGCACCGUUUUGUAUGUGAACAUCGAAAACCAACUGCGUGCCGCAGAAAAAAAAUCGAACUCAUCAUUGUGAAGAAUUAAUAAUUCUUGCCUUUUCUCUUUCAUGUGUGUGUAUAUGUGAAUGGGUGCUGUGAGAAGUUUUCCCUCUCAUUUGAAUAAAAGAAAGACUGAAUGACUAUGAGAAUCCUCGGCCUUCAAUCAUAUAAUUACAGUGUACAUGUAUUUGGAGGUCAGAUAGCUGUGGGCAUCAUUGAAACAGUCACCAAUGUGAAUGUACAGCAUGAGGUUGGCCAGAAGUGACCUACUAAUGUGUAAAGUGCCCUCUCUAGCUCGUGCAGAGCUAGUACUCAACUACACGUUCAAAAAUUAUCAAUGAGACGACUUUGGACUUGGCCAAUUAACUUGUAAUAGGAACCUUGUGUUAUCAGGAAUGAAAGCAAUGAAGAACAUCUGCUGGGGACUUUAAAAAUAACCUUUUUAUAACUUUACAAGUACGAAGUUCUUAUACAGCAUUAAAGUUCGUAUACAGCAUUAAAUGCCUUAUUUUUGAAAAUUGUUGGAAAUUUGGCUGCAAUGAACACUGUACAUCACAUGGUAAAAAUAUAUUGGAUAUCUGAUUUAGAUGUCACACACACAACUCAAGAAAAGUGAAAAACUGAAAUAAUCCAGAGUAUUGCAGAAAAGAGAAAUUUUGUGUCAGAGUUAUUUGCAUUUAAAAUACAGCAUUUCCGAAAGUA